CAGCUGCCCGAAAAUAUAUGCCUCGGGGGAUUAUUGCAAAAUUUGACUGUGACUAAUAAUCAUUUCACAGGUCAUAUCCCUAAAAGCUUGAGGAAUUGUACUUCAUUAGUUAGAGUGAGGCUUGAAGGAAACCAACUUACUGGAAAUAUAAUGGAGGCUUUUGGAGUAUAUCCGCAACUGAAUUAUAUGGACUUGAGCCACAAUUAUUUGCAUGGUGAACUUUCAUGGAAAUGGGAGCAUUGCCACAAUUUGAUGAGCUUAAAGAUAUCGAACAAUAACAUUUCAGGUGAGAUACCCCCGAUAUUUGGAAGGAUGACUCAAUUACAAUUACUUGACCUUUCUGCAAAUAAUUUAAGCGGAAAGAUUCCGAGGGAAUUGGGAAGCUUGCAACUACUACUAGAUCUUAUCCUUAACAACAAUGGCAUCUCGGGAAAUAUUCCCCAUCAAAUUGGAUUUUUGUCUCGACUAGAAUAUCUCAACCUAGCAUCAAACAAUUUGAGCGGAGCCAUUCCACCACAGCUUAGCCUAUGUACCAACUUGCUGAGCUUGAACCUAAGCCAAAAUAAAAUUAAGAGAAGCAUUCCUCCUGAGAUAGGCAAUUUGCAAUUCCUAAGCGUUCUUGAUUUGAGUCAGAAUCUAUUGACCGGAAGAAUAUCACCAGAUCUAGGAAAAUUGAGAGUCCUAGAAACCCUAAACGUCUCCCACAAUGGCCUCUCUGGUUCCAUCCCGCAUAGUUUUGCUGACUUAUGGGCAUUAACUUUUGUUGAUGUGUCCUACAAUGACUUGGAAGGUCCUCUCCCAAAUGUCAAAGCUUUUAAGAUGGCUCCAUUUGAGGCAAUUCGGCAUAACAAGGGGUUGUGCAGGUUUGUGGUUGGAUUACAGAAAUGUUAUAUUUCUACCAUGAGCAAGAAACACAAUCAACAUAGCGGAGCUAGAAUUUUCAUUAUUCUCGUUCUCUCAUUCUCGGGAUUCCUCGUCCUCUCUUCCUUCUUGAUUGUCCUCAUAAUCAUUUAUUGCCAUCAAAGAAAGAUUACCAAGAGAGAGAGGAAUGCAUCGAUAGAGACUAAUGAUUUAGAUUUCUUGCACGUUCUGAGUUUUGAUGGCAAAAGUUUCUACGAGCAAAUCGUGGAGGCGACAGAAGGAUUUGACUCCAAGUACUAUUUGGGAGAAGGGGCCUAUGGCGUUGUUUACAGAGCUGAUCUACCCACAGGUCAAACUGUUGCAGUCAAGAAAAUUCCAUCGUCCCGAGAAGAUGAGACCGUCAACAUCGUUCUUUUUGAAAGGGAAAUUGAAGCUUUACAGAAUGUUCGCCACCGCAACAUUGUGAAAUUUUAUGGGUUCUGCUCUCAUGCACAACAUUGUUUUCUGGUAUACGAGUUCAUCGAAAGAGGGAGCUUGAGAACAAUUUUGAAUGAUGAUGACAGAGCAUCAAAGCUUGGUUGGGACAAAAGGAUAAACAUGGUUCGAGCAAUUGUGAAUGCAUUGUCAUAUAUGCAUCACGACUGUUUUCCUCCAUUGAUACAUCGAGACUUAACUAGCACCAACAUCUUGUUGGAUGCUGAUUUCGAGGCUCACGUUUCAGACUUUGGCACCGCAAUAUUAUUGAGGCCAGAUUCCACCAACUGGACUGCUAUUGCCGGCACAAUCGGAUACAUCGCUCCAGAGCUAGCUUAUACCAACAUUCUGACCGAAAAAUGUGAUGUAUAUAGCUUUGGAGUUGUAGUACUGGAGAUAAUUAUGGGAAAGCAUCCAGGAGAUUAUCUCUCAUUGGUAUUUUCAUCCUCUCAAUCCGAGUUGCAAACCCCAUUAAAGGAUGUGCUGGACCAACGCCUCUUACCUCCGACAAAUUGGCAUGCGCAAAACGUAAUCUCUGUUGUGGCACUAGCACUCGCAUGCUUGCGGACCAAUCCUCAACUUCGACCGACCAUGACACAAGUCUCGCGAGAGCUUCAAGUUCAAGCACCACUGGUUUUGCCGUUCUUCAGGGUCACCUUAGAACAACUUCGUGAUCUCGAUGGCAGGAACUUUUAAACAGCAUUCGGGAGGUUGCAAGUUUCUGAUCGAGUUACUGUUGUGUGUUCACCUUUUCCGGCUUCUGUGUUUGGCAGUAAGAUGUCGAUUAGUUAGUUAUAGAACUUGGAAGAUGCAUAGUCUAAAUGUUUUUUUUUUGUAGGAGUAGAAUGAUAGUUAAUUUUCCUCCUUUCAUGUAAGCAAGCAUCUAUUCAUAGUUGAUAUAAAUCACCUGUUUCUUAACAAAAUCAUCUGAACUUGUUUAAAAUACCAUCUCACAUAUCACAUUA